AUGCCGAACGAAACCCGCGAUUUUGGUGACCUGAGGGUGACGCUUACCAAAGAAUUCGACUGGAAGUAUAGUGAUACUGAGACGGGCGCUAAGAGGGACGGAAGUUUCUUUCAUGCGAAGUCUCAGGGCGACUUGCGUCCCUUGGGUUCCUUUAUUACUCCAAACUACCAGGAUCAGAACAACAAAAGAGCGACGCUUUUGGUUGGCAAUGCUCCCAACGGUUCUGGAAGACCAGCUGUUGCUAGUCCCACUGGUUAUUCGAGGAUUUGGGAAGACCGCGGUAGUGGAGGUAAACAUGACGGCUCAAUCUGGAAGCCCACUGCGCCCUCUGGUUACGUCGCACUGGGAGAUGUCUGCGUUGGUAAUUACAAUUCUCCAAGCACCACGGCAAUAUGGUGCGUUCGAUCGGACCUUGUCUUGCAAUCCGACUUCGGUGCGGACAGCGUCUGGAGUGAUAGUUACUCUGGAGCCAAGAUGGAUGUCUCCGUUUGGCCAAUUGUCAAACCCCAAAUGAGCGUGGACGGGUCCGAUAAGAUUCCAGUUCUUACUGAUCUGUUCAUUGCCAACUCGGCAUACAGCAAGCCUGAAUACAGCCGUGCCAAAGUCCUCGGACUGCCCGUUCCGAAGGACUUCAAACGCUUCAGCGCAGACCUACCAGUAUUCACCAAGGAUAAGAUUCCUCGUGAAGGAGACGUGUUUGAUGAGCUAGCGCAGUGUGCAGUCACAUUGCCCUUUACCGCCUUCUUCUCUCCAACGGAUAAUGCGUGUCUAAAUCUGAUAUCCCAUCCGUUCAUCACGCUCCAAAGACGCACUGCAUGGUACGUUGAAGACGUGGCCAGGAACGCUGCCGACCAAUCUGGAACCCACUCGACAAAGAUAACCAAGGGCGUCUCCGCAACACAGUCGCAAGAGAUGACGCACUCGGCUGGUGUGUCGAUCACAUCCUCCUUUGGAAUCAAGGCUAUUGGCGGAGGCGUAGACGUCACCCUCAACUACCAAUUCACGGCGUCGCAAUCCUAUUCAUCGAGUGAAUACCAAGAGACUGAGAAAACACAUACCUUCAACAUUGGACCUCAAACGGUUCUCGUCCUUCUCACAGACCGUGUAUGGAUACAAGCUACCCGCAGUGAUGGCUCUGCGACUCUACAUCGAAUUGGGUACAACGCUACCGACGACCUGAGUAGGACUGAGAUCAAGCUUAAGUAG